GCGCGGCCUGCAGCGGAAGUGGGGGAAAAUUGUUGCUGAGAAAAUUAGAGCUUUAAUUUACAGCUGCAAUUGUGAUGUCGGAAAGUAACCUAAACAAAUGAACAGUUUAAGGAAUAACUGACAGUACUUUCUAUGCAACCAUCAAAGCAUUAAAUGUUUUCGCUUGGAUAGAUAAAAGACGUAACGGUCAUGGCUGGAACCUUGAUUCGACCUGACAGGAGUGCGAGGGGCACAGAAAGCUGGGUGCCGAAUGGCUCAAUGCUGACCUCCCAAGUACAUGCAGCUGCUGUUAAUGGAGACAAGUGUACAUUGCAUAAGCUCAUAGCAGCAAAUCCAGAUUUAAAAGAUACAGAGGACCAGUUUGGCCGGACGCCACUGAUGUAUUGUGUGCUUGCUGACAGAUUGGACUGUGCUGAAGCACUCCUUAAAGCUGGAGCUAAUGUCAACAAAGCAGAUCGCAGCCAGAGGACAGCUUUACAUCUUGCAGCACAGAAGGGAAAUUAUCGCUUCAUGAAGGCAUUGCUUGGACGGCGUGCAAAUUGGAUGCAGAAGGAUCUUGAAGAGAUGACUCCACUUCACUUAGCUACUCGGCACAAAAGUCCUAAGUGUUUGGCUUUGCUGCUUAAAUUUAUGGCCCCUGGAGAAGUGGACACCCAAGAUAGAAACAAGCAAACAGCACUACACUGGAGUGCCUACUACAAUCAUCCAGAACACGUGAAGCUGCUGAUAAAACAUGAUUCCAAUAUAGGCAUUCCUGACAUUGAAGGCAAAAUUCCACUACAUUGGGCUGCCAGUAACAAAGAUGCCACAGCUAUUCACACAGUAAAAUGUAUUCUGGAGGCUGCUCCUACUGAAUCACUACUGAACUGGCAAGAUUAUGAAGGGCGAACACCACUGCACUUUGCUGUUGCUGAUGGAAAUGAAGCUGUGGUUGAUGUAUUAACCAUGUAUGAAGGAUGCAAUAUAACAUCCUAUGAUAAUUUGUUUCGAACUCCUCUACACUGGGCAGCUUUAUUGGGUCAUGCCCAAAUAGGAUAUCUUCUGCUAGAAAGAAACAAGUCAGGUACUAUUCCAUCAGAUAGCCAAGGAGCCACACCACUGCAUUAUGCUGCUCAGAGCAAUUUUGGGGAGACUGUCGAGGUAUUCUUGAAUCAUCCAUCGGUGAAAGAUGACCCGGACCUGGAAGGGCGCACCGCUUUUAUGUGGGCUGCUGGGAAGGGCAGUGAUGAUGUACUCCAAACCAUGCUGAGAGUCAGAGCAGACAUCGACAUCAACAUGGCAGAUAAAUACGGAGGAACAGCUCUGCAUGCUGCAGUCCUCGGGGGUCACGUCAGCACAGUGAAGCUGCUGUUGGAACACGGGGCACAGGUAGAUGCUAUGGAUGUGAUGAAACAUACACCACUCUUCCGUGCUUGUGAGAUGGGCCAUAAAGAGGUGAUCCAGACACUUAUUGAAGGGGGUGGCAGAGUGGACUUGCUUGACCAAGAUGGCCAUAGUCCUUUACACUGGGCUGCCCUGGGAGGAAAUGCAGAUGUCUGUCAGAUCCUGAUUCAGAAUCUAAUCAACCCUAAUGUUCAGGAUUUUGCUGGGAGAACUCCCUUGCAGUGUGCUGCAUAUGGAGGCUACAUCAACUGUAUGGCGGUGCUCAUGGAAAACAAAGCUGAUCCCAAUAUACAAGACAAGCAGGGACGAACGGCACUACAUUGGUCCUGCAACAAUGGUUAUCUGGAUGCUGUGAAGCUUUUGUUAAAUUAUAAUGCCUUUCCUAAUCACAUGGAGACAAAUGAAGAAAGGUUCACUCCUCUUGAUUAUGCGCUGCUUGGAGAACAUCAAGAGGUGAUCCAGUAUAUGCUGGAACAUGGAGCACUCUCUAUUGCUGCCAUUCAGGACAUUGCUGCUUCCAAAGUCCAGGCUGUUUAUAAAGGUUAUCUGGUUCGUAAGGCUUUCCAAGAAAGAAAAAAUCUUCUCAUGAAACAUGAACAACUUCGAAAGGAUGCUGCCAAGAAACGUGAGGAGGAGAGUAAAAGGAGGGAGGCAGAGUUUCAAAAAGAAAAGAGACUGGAAUCUGAGUUAAACGUACAACAAGAAGUUGGAAAUUUUAAUUGCCAUAUUCCCAAUGUUUGUUCAAUAAGUGAAACGUGUUCCUCAGCAGCCAUUGUUUCAGAGGGUGGUCAAAUGGAGCAUAAAAUUAACGAGGAUUCAAAGAGACUAUCUAAAAGUAGAUUAGAAGAGAAAGGUUGGAGGAGCACAGACACCAUUCAGAGCCAGCCACCAUCUGCAAAAAGAGAGAUGAAAAGAAGAAAAGAUCAUCACAGGAAAAGUUCCAAAAAUAAGCUCAAUAAUCACCAGCAGUUCAGUGAACAAAAUGUCUCUGGUGAACUGCAUGGUUCCAGACAACUUACGCCUUCAGAAAGAGGUGACAGAACUGAGAAUUAUAAAAAGACUCCUGAAAGUACCAUUAGACUCACUGGUGGUGGAUCAAAACCUGCUGUCCUUCGAUCAGCCAGUGCAAUAAAACAUCUAGUGAAACAGCAGAGUGCGUCUCCAUUACCUUGUAGCAGACAUAAAAAGAAAUCUGACUGUCAGGAGCUUGGAGUAGGACUAAAAAAUGGUCGAUUUUCACCUGCUGGUUCAAGCCGACCUGGAAGUGCCAAACCUAUUGUAAGCAAUAUUGACAAUACUAGCCAUAUUGGCAGCCAGACCUCAGAGAGCAUUACUCCUGCUUUGCAUUCUCCAAUUUCCCCAAAGCCUAAAAUUAGCAAUUCUACUGCAACAGCUGGAUCCAAUGCAAAACAUAAUACCAUUGAAAAAGCAUCUCAGGACAGAACUGGAAUUUCUCAAUCUCUCAUCUCUCAAAGCUGUUCAUGCACUCAGCCGAGUCAUCAAAGUUCAGAGAUUCUGCUUAUUCCUUUGGAAGUCCGGGUACAAAUGGUGGAAAAGGAAAGACUCAGAAAAGAGCUUUUUCGAAAGAAGAAUAAUGCAGCAACAGUAAUUCAGAGAGCUUGGAAAAGUUACAGAGUACGCAAGAGGUUGCUCCUGCUCUUUCAUUGGCAACGUCAGAAUGGGGAUGGCGUUGAUGAGAUGUGGAAGCAGGAGAUGGCUGCCUUCAUCAUCCAGGUAGCCUGGAGGAAGUUUCUAAGGAGCGGUGUCCAGAAUGUCAUUUCCACGAAAAGCAGCCAGACAUUCAGCUCUGGGAGCUCAGGUGUUGGGACAGCGAAGCAGCGCUCAGUAUUAAAGCAAAUUUAUGGGAAACCUCAGGAAGAGAAAGGGCACAAUUCACAACGAUUGUUCCCUCUCAGAAAUAAUCAAGUAUCUGUCCGGAACUCCUCUGGAACCCCUGUGAAAAGCAUGUUUCGAAGAGUCAGAUCAGCCUGCAGUACAUCUCUGGGUUCUAGGAAUCAUUCCCAGGUUAUGCUUGGCUUGACCUCCUUCAGCGGGCACAAUCACUUGAGUAACCUUCAAAAUGUUCAGCUCCUGGGAAACACUGGAAAUUCUAAACAGUUCUCUUACAACAUGCGACCACACACAUCAGGGAUGACGCAUAAAACUAGACCCAAAGAAUAAUGCAACAACACAGGACUGUAUCGUUGGAUAUGGUGUGAGAAUGUGCUCAUCUCAGCCCCUUUGAUUGUACGGGUACUCCUGGAGAAAAGUAGGGAAGAAGCAAGCAUCCCUACACUUAUACGUGGGCCUGCUGAUUUAAAGAGCAAAUUUGGGACACAUUCUUAAGGAUAUUCCAGGAUGAAAAUCACUGAGUAUACCAAAGGAGAUUAAAACUCUUAUGAGAUCAGCUGGCUGAAACCACAGAAGCUGUGCGACAGAAAGCAGCCAUUCACUCUAUUGUGCCCGUUGUCAGCGAUCUGAAAGAUGGAUGUACCUGUUUCCAUCACUUUGCUCUUCUCCCAUUCCAUUUAAACAUUUUCAGAGAUGUGUCCGUGUAUACAGACCAUUCCAGAAUACUUAACAAUGUCCAAAUACAAAAGUAAUCUCACCAGCUCUUCUGUUCAUUUGAAAAUCUAGCUGCAGGUUCUUUAAGAUAUCAAUUCAGUACCCAGUAGAAACAGGUUUCCUUAUCUACCUCAAGAUAUUGCAUGCCUAUCUGGCCUUUAAGAGUCAAUUUUCCUAGUCUCACAACUAAAGCUUCUCAACUCCAAUUUUAUCUUACAGCACCUGAAAAAUGCCACAAGAGGCAUUUACUAAUACCUCUUUGUUUUUGUACUUUAAUUGCUAGUUGUAAAACCAAAGAUAGUAAUCUUAAAAACUUUUCUAAGUUUUCAAUAAUUUAAUCUGACCUCUUAACUUUUUAAACAUUGUUGCUCAUUAACUCCUUUGAAAGCUUUUUUCAGUUAAUUUGUAUUCUCCCGUCUUAUAAAAUAUUUCACUUCAGGCUUGUUAAAACAGUUGCUUGAUUACAUAGCACAGAGAAAAGUCUUUUGGCCCAUCUUAUUCAUGUAGGCUAUCAAAUACCUAUUGAUGAUAUUCCCAUUUUCCUGCACAUGGCUUGAAGCCAUAAUCUAUAUAUGUUCUUCUGAAUGUAUUCUCAGAUCAGAGCAAUGUAGUACUCCUACUUAGCCAAUGUAACUGCUUUCAAAACGUGCAUCUGCGGAUGUGGUAUACAGCACUGUUAAUACGGCACACUUGGGACUUCAGUGGUGGACUGAUGAUAAAGCAGGAAAUGGCACCCUGGGAAGUGCACAGGACAUGGGGCUAAGGCAAGUGUAAAGGAAGUGUGGGAUUCAGCAGCCUACUGGGUAUGAAAGGAGCAUGAGAGAUGGAGUUCCAGUGAGCACAGGAAGAAAGAUUCUGGUGAGCUUAAAGGAAAGGUGGGAAACAUCAUGUGAGUCAGAUAGCACAUUAUUGAGCCUUCUGAAUAAUUGGACAGCAGAUGAUCAGAGUUUUAUUAAUAUAUACAAAUUAUGUAGUUCUCAUUUUGCAGACAUGAUAAAUCUUGAUUAUUUCAGCUCUUUACUAUAAUCUACAAUCAAUCCUUCUGUUUUGGCCUUAUCUCAAAACACUGAUUCUUUCACUUCAAAUAUUAAUGCUAAAAAAACUUCUUUAUGGAUGCAGUGUUUUCCAUGUGAAUGAAGUUUGCCAUGUUGUGGACAUUAAAUGUUAAUGCUUUGCUGAUGCUGUCUGACCUCCUAUUGAUUUCUAAUACCUUUUUUUCACUUUUCCAGUGUCUGAUUUUUAUUUUUUAAACCCUUUAAUCAAGCUAGUUAACUUCUCAUAAUACUGUUCUAUUGAGAACAUGGGCACUGUCAUAUCUCGACAAAGAACUCUGAUCAAGGUAGGUACUAUGAACCUAAACUUCUCCUUUCAACAUACUGUCUGCAGUUCUAUGUUAAUUAUGGAACGUAAUUAUAAAGUGAGAAUUUCAGGAAUCCAGGUUCUGGGAUCAAAAACCUUCUCUCAUCUUUUUGUUGAUCCCCUGUUCCAAUUCCUACCUCUGUGAAAAGGCAUCCAUCUCCCUUCCUCAAUCUGCAUCGUGAGAAUGAUUUCAGACAGCCAUCCAUUUUCUUAAUACUUCUGAGGUAACUUUGCACGAGCAAUUAUAGGCAUUCCCUGCACAUGGUCCUUUAUAUAUUUAGUAUUUUAAUACUUAGUUUAAUUAUAGAUCAACUGCAAUCCAAAGCUGAACUCCCAUUUAGCUCCUUUUUAGUUUUUUUAAUUCUUAGGAUGGAUUUAUUAUUAAUUAAAAUGAAUUUUACAUAAUAAUAACUGCAGCAUAUAAUGAUAGAAUUCUUAUUCAGACCAGUUAGACAAUCAAUGUAUUAGGUACUCAAGUCAUAUAAGGGCUCAGGCAAAUUAAAGUUCCUAAUAGUGAACAGUUAACAUAAAAGGCAAAAUAACAUGUAGAAUCUAUAGUUGUUCUAUAUGCAUCUCCAUCGAGACUCAUUCAAUCUGCCUUUUCAGUGGAAUUUAUUUUUAAGUGACAUAUUUGAGACCAUCCAUAAAUCGAAGCAUUUUCUCUCAAAGUCAUGAAACAGAAAAGAAUUCCCAAGAAUAAUUAUGAAAUAUUAUUGAUGACCUCUUAAUAGCUCACCCUUCAGGUAGCCAAAGCACCUAGUGUUCAGUACGUCACCUCAAAUGCCUUUUAACACCUGCUUCAUUGAAGAUAGACUGAAUACUGUCAAUAGCUUGAGCAUGGAAUACUACAAAAUAUAACUCCUUAAAAUAACUGGGCUCAAAAUUGUUAUGGCUUUGGCACACACAUUUAUGCUCGAUUCAACCUUUUUGUAAGUCAAUUACAAUCAGGCAAAAAAAAAACCUCUAUGCUAUAUUCUUAAAAUCUUAUGUCUUUUGGUUUACAUGUUUUUAAAUGACAACAGAAUAAUCUGGAAAUUUAAGCAUACUUAUCUAACUCUCAUAUAAUUUGCAGUACAAUAUCAAUAUGGUUUUAUUAUGUUCUGGCAAUUAUGAUAGAAUGGAUUGUUAUUCCUAUUGCAUAAGAUCUCCUGAACUCUUCAUGUGCAAGCACCAACUAUAAACAGUUUAUUACACUACAAAUGCAUUUCACACACCU